AUGUCUUCAGAUGAUAGUGAUUUUGAAGAAGUAAUUGUUAAAAAAAAGCAACAAACAAAAAGUCCAAAAAAAAAUGGCCCAUCUCCAAAUGCUACCUUAACACAAGAAGAUCUCAGUGUUUUUACAAAUAUUGAUAAUGUUAAAAAUAAGAAGUCUGGAAAAGUCUCUAUUGAGCAAAUGUAUCAAAAAAAAUCUCAGUUAGAACAUAUUCUUUUACGUCCCGAUACAUAUAUCGGUUCAGUUGAAUAUACUGAUAAAGGAGUUGCUUGGGUCUAUGAUAUAAACGAAGAUAAAUUAGUUCAGCGAGAGAUUAGUUAUGUUCCUGGUUUAUAUAAAAUUUUUGAUGAAAUUUUGGUUAAUGCAGCUGAUAAUAAACAAAGAGAUAGAAGAAUGAAUCUUAUUAAAGUUGAUAUUGAUAAAAAAAACAAUGUAAUUUCUGUUUUUAAUAAUGGAAAAGGUAUUCCUGUAGCUCAUCAUGGUGUUGAAAAGAUGUAUGUCCCUGAACUAAUCUUCGGUACUCUUUUAACUUCAUCUAAUUAUAAUGAUGAUGAAAAAAAAACAACAGGUGGAAGAAAUGGUUAUGGUGCAAAGCUUUGUAAUAUAUUUUCUACCGAAUUUACACUUGAAACUUCUAGUAAGGAGUAUAAAAAACAAUUUAAACAAACAUGGAUUAAUAAUAUGACUAAGGAUAAAGAGGCAGAGAUUUCAAAGGCAACUGAAGAUGAUUUUACAAAAGUCACAUUUAAACCUGAUUUGAAAAAGUUUAAAAUGAAGGAAUUGGAUGACGAUAUUAUUGGACUUAUGGCACGUCGUGCUUAUGAUAUUGCUGGUACAACACCAGGUGUUCGCGUUUAUCUUAAUGGAAAAUGUCUUCCAGUAAAAUCAUUUAAAGAAUACGCUGAAAAAUAUGUUGAAAGUAUGAUUGGUGGUAACGAAGAAGAGAAACCUAAAAUUAUUUAUGAAAAAGUCAAUGACAGAUGGGAGGUCGCUUUGACUGUAUCUGAAAGAGGAUUUCAAUCAGUUUCUUUUGUCAAUAGUAUUGCGACUUCUAAAGGUGGUAGACAUGUUGAUUAUAUUGCUGAUCAAAUUACCUCUAAUCUUAUUGACGUAAUUAAAAAAAAAGCUGGUGGUGCAAAAAGUGGUAUAUCUGUUAAACCAUUUCAAAUUAAAAAUCAUAUGUGGAUUUUUGUUAACUGUUUAAUUGAAAAUCCAACUUUCGAUUCUCAAACUAAAGAAAAUAUGACACUUCAAGCUAAAAGUUUUGGAAGUAAAGCUGAAAUUAGUGAGAAGUUCUACAAAGAAGCAACAAAAUGUGGUGUUGUUGAGGCAGUUCUUUCUUGGGUUAGAUUUAAACAACAAGAACAAGCUGACAAAAAAUGUUCAACAAAAAAAUCUACUAAGAUUAAAGGUAUUCCAAAACUUGAAGAUGCUAAUGAAGCUGGAACUAAAAAUUCUUCCAAAUGUACUCUUAUUCUUACUGAGGGAGAUUCUGCUAAGACACUUGCAGUUUCUGGUCUUGGUGUUGUAGGACGAGAUUAUUAUGGAGUAUUUCCAUUGCGUGGUAAAAUGUUAAAUGUACGUGAUUGUCCUAUGAAACAAAUUAAUGAUAAUCAAGAAAUUGGGAAUAUGAUUAAGAUUCUUGGACUCCAGUAUCGUUUAAAGUAUGAAACUGAGGAAGAAAGAAAGACAUUGAGAUAUGGUCGUGUUAUGAUAAUGGCUGAUCAGGAUCAGGAUGGUUCUCAUAUUAAAGGUUUACUUAUUAAUUGGAUUCAUUGUAAUUGGCCAGGACUUAUGAAAAAUAAUUUUGUGGAAGAAUUUAUUACUCCCAUUGUUAAAGCAUCAAAAGGUAGUACUUCUAUUAGUUUUUUUUCUUUACCUGAAUAUAUGGAGUGGAGAAAUAGUACAGAUAAUUGGAAAUCAUAUAAAAUAAAGUACUACAAAGGUUUGGGUACUUCAACUUCUAAAGAAGCCAAGGAGUAUUUUAGUGAUAUGGACCGUCAUAGAAUUCCCUUUACAUAUUCUGGACCUGAAUGUGAAAGAGCUGUUGAAAUGGCAUUUAGUAAAAAGAAGAUUGAAGCAAGAAAAACUUGGCUUUCAAAUUGGAUGAAAGAGAAAAAAGAUCGUCGUGAGAAUGGUGGUAUUGAAGAAUAUCUAUAUAAUAAAGAUACUAGAAGUGUGUCAUUUAUUGAGUUUAUUAAUAAAGAGUUAAUUCUUUUUUCAAAUAUGGAUAACGAAAGAUCUAUUCCAUGUCUUGUUGAUGGUUUAAAACCAGGUCAACGUAAAGUAUUGUUUACAUGUUUCAGACGUGCUGAUAAGAAAGAAGUUAAAGUUGCUCAAUUAGCAGGAGCUGUAGGAGAGAUGUCCGCUUACCAUCAUGGUGAGCAAUCUUUGAUGAUGACAAUUAUUAAUUUGGCUCAGGACUAUGUUGGAUCAAAUAACAUUAAUUUAUUGUUACCUAUUGGUCAAUUUGGUACUAGACUUCAAGGAGGAAAAGAUUCUGCAUCGCCUCGUUAUAUCUUUACACAAUUAAGUCCUGUAACCAAAACGAUAUUUGUUCCAGAAGAUGAAAAUGUUCUUAGAUUCCUGUUUGAAGAAAAUCAGAAGAUUGAACCAGAAUGGUAUUGUCCCAUUAUUCCAAUGGUUUUGGUUAAUGGUGCUGAAGGAAUAGGUACUGCCUGGAGUACCAAAAUACCUAAUUAUAAUCCACGUGAUGUUACUGAAAAUAUUCGUCGACUAAUUAGAGGAGAACAAAUGAAAAAAAUGAUUCCAUGGUUCAAACAUUUUGAGGGCACAAUUACGCAAGUUGAUGAACAGAAAUAUAUUUCAAGUGGACGAGUUGGAAUAUUAGAUGAUGAAUCUCUAGAAAUUACAGAACUUCCUGUUAAAAUGUGGACUCAAAACUACAAAGAAAGUGUAUUAGAGGAUCUUUCUAAUUCCAAUGAUAAAUCUCCAGCGCUUAUUCAAGACUAUAGAGAAUAUCAUACUGAUCAAACGGUAAAGUUUAUUGUUAAAAUGACAGAACAAAAUAUGAAGAAAGCUUUAUCUCAAGGAGUUCAUGAAACUCUUAAACUUCAAACAAGUAUCAAUACUUCUUCAAUGGUUCUAUUUGAUGCUGAAGGUUGCCUUCGCAAGUUUGAAUCUCCAGAACAAAUUUGUCAGGAGUUCUUUGAAGUCAGAAAAAAAAAAUAUAUUGAAAGAAAAGAAUUUUUGGUUGGAAUGCUAGAGGCUCAAUCAAAACGACUAUCUAAUCAAGCACGUUUUAUUAUGGCAAAAAUUAAGGGAGAAAUAAUUAUGGAAAAUAGAAAGAAAAAGAACAUUGUAGAUCAGUUAAUAAAAGAGAAAUUUGAUCCUGAUCCGGUUAAAGCAUGGAAAGAUCUUUGUAAAAAGAGGGAACUUGAAAUGUGUGGUGAAAUUGAAAUUGAGGAGGAAGAGGAAGAAGUCGGAGACUCUGCUGAGGGUUCUUCUGAUAGUGGAUUGAAAAAACGUUUAGUCGACUACGACUACUUGGUGAAUAUGGCUCUUAUUAAGUUAUCUGAAGAAGAAAAAGAUCGCCUUCUUCAAGAAUCUGCUGAAAAACUAAAAGAGUUAGAAACUCUUAAAAAGAAAUCGUGGGCUGACUUGUGGGAACAUGAUCUCAAAAUUUUCGAAGAAGCAUUAAAAAAACAAGAACAAAAAGAACUUCAAGAUAUUGAAGGUUCAAUCAGAACAGCGCAAUCUAAAUUACUUAAGGGAAGUUCUACUGCUAAAUCAAGAAAAAGUAAAGGAGGUGUUAGCGCAUCAUCUUUCAAACCAAAUCCUAAUGCAGAAAUUGUAAAAGUUGAGAAACAACAUCUUUUAAACAAAUAUGAGAAGAAAGUUAAAAAAGAGAAGCCUGUUAAAAAUGAAAAAGAACAGAAGAAUGGCGGACAGACUAUUGAUAAGUUUUUAGUUAAACUUGAUGACAGUAAUGUUGUUGCUGAUGCUAAAAAUAAUGCCAAUACAUCUGUUGAUGAUGUUGUCGAAAUUCUUCCUGCUAAGACUGAAAGCAAGAAAAAGCAGCCUCCAAAGAAAGAAACUGCUAAAAAACAAACCAAAAAAAGAAAAAGAAAGACUUCAUCUAGUGAAAGUGAGGGAGAUAGUGAUUAUGAUCCUUCAACAACCAAAAAACAGAACAAAACUACAAAUGAAACAUCAAGAGGUCAGAAAAAAAGAUACAUUGUUCUUGAUAGUGACAGUGAUUAA